GAUCCACUCGUGAUUGAGAAGCCCCAAGUCUUCAAGAAGCUCAAAGUCAUCGAUCAAUCAUGCUCGCCUUUCUCGUCUGCGCUGCCCUGCUGGUUGCAGCUGAGGUGUCUGCUCAGAGCUGUGGGAUCGCAGCGUAUCCGCAGAUCCGGGUGGUGAACGGCGUGGAGGCUCGCGCCAACUCCUGGCCUUGGCAGGCGCUCGUGCAGAGGUACUCUGGAGGAAGAUGGGUCAACUACUGCGGAGGAACCCUCAUUGAUAGUCAAUGGGUGCUCACCUCUGCGAGCUGCUUCACGAGUGGCUACAGCUACAGGGUGGUGCUGGGAAAGCACAGUGUGUCCACAUCCGAGUUCGGGGAGGUCACCCCUCCAUUGAGCCUGGCCGUCUGGCAUAGCUACUGGAAUCCCAGCAUGCCGGCGAACGGGUACGACAUCGCCAUGUUCAAGAUUGCGUCACCUGUGGCUCUCUCCAGCAAGGUGCGCCUCGCCUGCCUGCCCAGCCCCAACCAGAUACUGUCCAACAACUACCCGUGCUACGCCACGGGCUGGGGAUCCCUCGACACCAGCGGCCCCUUCCCCAGCGCGUUGCAGCAGGCCAGCCUGCCCGUGGUGGACUACGCGACGUGCAGCCAGCCCAGCUGGUGGGGGAGCAGCCUGAGGAGCAGCGUGAUCUGCGCGGGGGGCAGCACCCGCUCUGCGUGCUAUGGUGAUGGAGGUGGCCCACUGAACUGCCAGCGGUGGGACAAUGCUUGGGUGGUGCAGGGAAUCACCAGCUACAUAUCAUCUCUGGGUUGCAACACGAUCCGCAAGCCCACCGUGUUCACCCGUGUGUCAGCCUACACGAGCUGGAUCAGCGCUGUUAUGAGCGUGUACCGUGAAGCCCCGAAGCUCGCGGAGGGAGAGCAGAGCAUCAACAGUGGAGUCAAUGCCACAAUUGCCGCAUUCAAGAAGCCACAGGCUUAAAGCUUCACGCUCUUUACAUCAAUGCUACCACUAACCCUAGAAUUA